GUCUGCGGGUUUGGACUGUGCUUCCCUCCCCCCAGCCGUGCAGGGGAGGACCUGCUGCCCCUGCCUCCUCCGGCUGACUCUUAGCACAGUCUGCCGUUCUGCCAGACCUGGAGGGGACAAACAGCAUCUCACCUAGAAAACAGAGGAACCUGCACCCAGAACCUCUUGAACCAGCAUGGCUGACCUUCAGGACAACACUCUGCGGAUCGUUCUGGUGGGAAAAACCGGAAAUGGGAAAAGUGCGACAGGAAACACCAUUCUCGGGAAAAGAGCAUUUGAUUCUAGAAUUGCUUCCGCGUCUGUUACCAAGAGCUGUAAGAAAGAAGAGAGGGCCUGGAAGGGGAGGAAGCUUCUCGUGGUGGACACCCCCGGGCUCUUUGACACCGAGGAGAAACUGAAGACCACCUGUGAGGAAAUUGCUAGAUGUGUCCUCCUCUCCAGCCCCGGGCCUCAUGCCAUCAUCCUGGUUGUACGGCUGGACCGCUUCACACAGGAGGAGCAGAAUACAGUUGAUUUGAUCAAGGCCAUCUUUGGGAAGCCAGCCAUGAAGCACAUGAUGGUCUUGUUCACUCGCAAAGAUGAAUUAGAAGGUAAAGAGCUCAGUUCGUUCAUAGCAAAGUCAGACAAGCGCCUAAAAACCAUCAUCACAGAAUGUCAGCACUACUGCUGUGCCUUCAACAACAAAAGUGCAGAUGAGAUUGAGAAGGAAGAUCAACUGCAGGAGCUGGUGGGGCUGAUCGAGGCAAUGGUGCAGGAGAACGGAGGGACUCACUUUUCUGAUUCCAUAUAUGAGGACACAGCAGAAAAGCAGAGACGUCUGGAAGCGGCCUUGAAGAAAAUCUCUGAUACUUAUUCAGAAAACAAAAAAGUACUAGAAGAGAAAUAUGCUAAGAAUGAAAUAACAAAGCAAGAAAAGGAGAAACAAAUGAAAGUCCUAAAUGAGCAACAUGUUCGACAAAUUGAAAAUGCCAAGAAAGAACAUGAAAAAAACAUAUUUGUAGCUGUUUACAAUCGGAUUUGGAGUGCGCUUUCAAAAGUGUGGCAUAUGUUUUGGAAAUAAUGUGAAUUCAUUUUGAUUUUUUGUUAAUUUACUGUGAUUUGUCGAUGUGGUAGAUUGUAUUUUCCAAAGAUGGCUAUACCGAUAUCUGCUACCCCAGCUCUGCUUCUUGUACUCUGUGCUGUUGCUCCUUCUGUUGGGUGAUGGGGACUGUGUCCCCUCCUUGAAAUUCCAUGGACUCUGUGACUGCUUUGAUGAGUAGUGGCUGGUCAGGCUUCUAAAGUUAGACUGGGACAGUGUCGCCUUGCUCUCUGCAGUAGGCGCCCUAGGAACAUGGCCCCCGUGCUGUGAGGAAGCCCACGUUGCCCAUGGAGAGGCCCCAGGAAGAGGACUGGAAUCCUGGCCCCAUCCCCUGCCUGCUCUUUCAUCUGCCUGUGAGACUACCUGCCAGCCGUGCAAGUGUGGGCACAGGGCGGUGGGCUCUCCAGCUGCUAGCAGAGCCGCCUCAGGGGAAGCUGCAGACAGCAUAGCUGGGCCAUCCCCACCACAUCCCACCCAGUUUGUAGAUUCAUGAGAAAAAUAAAUGAUGUUGUUUCA